GGAAAGCCAAGGGGAUGAGUCUUCCAGAGAAGAUACCCCGGCUGGCAUCUGAUCCUCUGUCGUGGGGGGAUAUAGAGGAAAUGCACUCCCUCACCCACGCAGACCAGAGGACAUGUCUCCGAUGAACGCGAGCCUGUGGCCGGCCGAGGCCAUGGAGUGGAGCGCGGACUUUACGCACGGACUCCUCUCCGGGAACGGGACUCCGGCGCAGCAUUCCCAAGCUCCCACUUCCCACACAGCCAUCGCUUUGCCUAUCGUCAUGUUUCUCGGAGGUGCAAUCGGGAAUUUGAUCGCAAUAAUCGUCCUGUCGGUGUCCAAGCAGGAGAAGAAGUCCUCCGCCUUCUACACGCUGCUGUGCGGGCUGGCGGUGACCGACCUGCUGGGCACAUGCCUGGCCAGCCCGCUCACCAUCGCCCACUACCUGGACCUGCGGGUGCUCGAACACCAGCACGUCUGCGAGUUCCAGUCCUUCCUGCUGCUGUUCUUCGGCUUGACAGGCCUGAGCAUCAUCUGUGCCAUGGCUGCGGAGCGGUACCUGGCCAUCUGCUGCCCCUACACCUACCAGCGCUGGGGGGUGGACCGACGCCUGGCGCAGGGGUUCCUCUUCUUCAUCUACAUCAGCCACAUCUUCUUUUGCAGCCUCCCGAUGAUGGGCAUGGUGCAGAGCCGGCUGCAGUCCUCCAACACCUGGUGCUUCAUCGACUGGACGACGGAGGUGUACUCCAUCCUGUACGGCGUGCUGAGCCUGCUGCUGAUCCUGGGCACCAUCGUGCUGAACCUGGCGGUGUGCGGAGCGCUGCUGCUCAUGCGCCGGAGGACCGUGCAGUGGCCCGUGUCCAGGGCCAGCGUCCGGCAGAGGUGGAAGGCCCUGUCCUCGGCUGCAGAGACGCAGAUGAUGGCGGUGCUGGUCAUGACCUCCGCGGUGGUGCUGGCCUGUUCGGCUCCACUGGUGGUCCAAGUGUUCGCAAACCGCUUCAUGAAGAUAAAUGACCUGGAAGCUGACCUGGCAGCCAUUAGGAUCGCCUCUGUCAACCCCAUCCUGGACCCCUGGAUCUACAUCCUCCUCAGAAGGUCUCUGUUCCGACGGCUGCUCAGUUUAUCCGGACGAGGCAGCAGCACUCGCAGCAACGCCUCCUCGUCGCCACAGAGGAAUCUGUUUUAUCCUGAUAUCAUGAGGGACAGCCACGUGUUCACCCAGCUCAUGAGCAGCGCAAACAUCAUCACUCAGCUCCCUGCCACUGUCAAGAUCACUCCCUGCGACACAGAGAUCCUCCAACCGACUUCACACACGGCCGACUGAGAACACGGCCAACAUCUGGGAAUGUUUGCUGCUCGAUGCCGGCGACUCGGCUUCAGAGGUGUCACGUGUGAGAUGGAAACACAGGGACGACUUUGUGGCUCGCAGCUGGACGGAGCCCCUCAGAGCUCCUGUUGGAUUAUUUAUUCAACAGAAACAGAGGCCGGCGCUGACUUCAUCUCUGCAGACGUCUCCUGCAGAGACACGGGACUGAUGAGAAAAACUCAGCUGAGACUUUAUGUUCUAACUUUGACUUGUGGUCCACCCACUCCUCGUUCCACCAGGUUCUACAGCUGCAGGUACAUGGACAGAUCAUCUCAUCUGGAGCCAGUUCUCAAGUGGCCUGUGGCUCUUUGGAGGUCCAGAGUUAAAAGGCAUGUGCUCAUCCAUCAGUGAGGGAGCAUGGUAAGAGUCUGUGUUAACCAGAAACUGAGAGAGACCCAUCACAAGUGUUUUUAUGAGACAUGCCUUUGGGAAACUCCUCAGGAGAAACACUGAGUUGACAUCUGUUUGCAGUAAAGAUUCUUAUUUGCAAUAAAACUCAGACUGAGUUUGUCUUAAUCUCUUUUACUUAUUAACCUCAACUCCUGGUGAUCAGGUCCAAGUUGGGGUUUGUCAGUUAUUAAAUUCUUUCCAGGAAUUUACGUAAACUAUUUGAAAUCAAAUAGGGAUUUACCAAAUCCUUAAAAAGGCGUUUAGAAAAAUACACUCAGAGAGCAUCACUCCACCUGUAGGCCCAACAGUUCCCUUAUGAAGACAUUGACAUUCAUUAGAUUCAGGUUUUUUGUUUGGAAAAGUUUCAAACGUUUCACAGCUCCUGAAUUUCAUCUCGAUCAGUGAAUGAUUUUCCGAGAAAUCUACAAAAAUUUUGAAAAACACAUCUCGCAACCUUAAAAUGGUUUAAACAAAUAAUACUAAAUCCAGAUCCUCAAGAAACCAUUAAUGGAUUGUCCUCUGACUCAUACCACAGCUUUCCAUCGCAUUCUGUGGUGAUCCGCCCUGGAGUUGCUGUGUCAUCCUGUUAAUUAGCAGACAAACAAAACAAAAACAAAAUAGCAAACAGCAGGGGGGCUCUGGUGCAGGAGGUCAGAGCCAAUAUGGUGGGGGGUGGGACGACAACAUACUGGUAACUCAGAUAGACAUUUCUAUCAAAGUUGAGGAGUGAGGAUGACUGACAAUCCAAACACGAUCAACAUUUUUCUUACAUGUCUAAACUACAAACUGACAUUUACUACACUUCAUAUAUCCUUAUGCUGCAUUUUCUGUUUUUGGCCUCUAGGGGACAUUUACUUAUUUCCCCAUCUAGCAAACACAAAUGAACAUUUCAUCAUUGGGUUUCGGACACUGAUGAAAACAAGUCCAUCACUUUCAGGGUGUGUCACUCUCUCUGUCUCCGUCAAUUCCUGACAAAAGAAGUCUGUGAGAUUGCUAUCAUUUUCCUAAUAAACUUGUGUAAUGUUUCUCAAGAAGGCAAACAUGAGAGAACAUGUCAAGAAAAACUGAAUAAAUUAGUUUAUUCUUUUUGUAUUCAGUGUCCAUUGAUAACGGAGUUAAGCUAAAAUGUCGUCUGGACUUAGAACACCUACAAAAGUAUCACUGUUUGUAUUUUGUGUGGAUCGAAGAAACCUGUCGGACUAUGAGCAGCGCUCAGCGAAUGAAAGACAGAUUCCUGGCUCAGAAAUCCUUAGAAUAUUGGCAGCAGCUCUCAGAGUUUAAUUCAUCAUCAGACGACAGCUGACGGGCUUCAAGAUUGUUAUCGUAGAAAUAUUUGGGAUAUCAUAUCACAAUAUCAGGCACAUUUACUCUGUGCUUUUACUUAAUCACCAUUAAAGAGACAUUGCAACAUUCAGUAUUCCAUGAUGCAUUUAUUCCCCCCCGCCCAACAUUUAAAAAUAGCAAUUACUAAACAUAAGCAGACGAGACUGUGCUGAGCUGCACUUCUGUACAACAUGUUCAUACCGUGACAUCAUAAAUAAAAAUCUAUAAACAUCGGUUAAGAAAAGUUCUUCCUCAAGAUCCA